AUGGAAUUGGGUAUUGGUGAUCGGUUAUAUGUUGAUAAUCACUUUUGCACCAUCCGAUACAUAGGAAAUGUUCGUCAAUGGGGGGAUGUGAAGGCAUUUGGUGUGGAAUGGGAUGAUGCGAGCAGAGGAAAGCAUUCUGGUACUGUUGAUGGUGUGAAGUAUUUUGAAACAAAAGUGGAUAAUGCAGGAUCGCUUCUACGGGGAGCUAAAGUAGCUCGCGCAAACUCAAUUAGAAAUUCGUACGUGGAAGCUCUGACCAGAGUGUACUUAUCUGGAAAAACGGACAGCACUGAAGUGUUUUUUGGUUCCAAGAAAGUUGAAAUGCUAGGGUUGGACGUUCUAAGCAUGAGGAAUCAGGAUAUCAGACAUUUGAAAAUAGUCAACCUGUCGGCAAAAGGAAUUAGUACAAGCGGAAAAGAGCAGGAACUAAGUGCAAUCUCCAAAAACUUGAGAAGCCUCAAGGAUCUAGAUCUUUCUCACAAUUUAUUCACGGAUUUCAAAGAGGUGCUGUGCAUUGCUCGUGGGCUCAAAAGCUUAAAGACGCUGAACAUUAGCGGUAACAGAUUUUCUAAUUUUGAUAGUGGCUUUAAAAGCGAUUUAAGCUCUGUUGAGGAACUGAUAGCUGAUGACUGUAGGAUUUUCGAAAAUUUUAUGACAAUCCUGAGUUCUGUUUUCCCAAACUUGAAGAAACUCAGCGUCAAUGGAGCACAAGACAGUCUUUCGUUCAGAAAAGACACAAUUUUGUCAUCACUCGAAGAAAUAAGCAUAGCACGCCUUGGAUUGAAACAAUUUCCGAUCGAUAUACUUGCCUCUGACAUCAAGGCGGUUAAUUAUUCAUCCAAUCUGCUUACAGAACCGCUUGCUCUUGAAUCUGCUAGCCUCAAGGUUCUUGAUAUAUCACAUUGUCAAGUGAGCUCAUGGGCAACUGUUGACGAUCUCUGCAUCAAGUUACCCAACUUGAAGAGCCUAAGAAUCAAUGGUAAUCCUAUUAUGGCUGAUGAAGAAGAGGACGGAACACUACAGGUUAUAGGUCGCAUGAGGAACCUAGAGUUCUUGAAUGGAACUUUUAUCGAGAGAAAUAAGAGAUCGGAUGCGGAGUUGUACUUUCUUUCUCUUGUCGCAAGAAAGCGAACUCACAUCGACGAAAACACACCACAGUGGCGAUACCUAGUCAAAAGACACGGUGAAAUUAGACGGCCGGCCAAAAUUGCGAGUUCAGUUCCAGGAGUCGAGAUUCUGGUUUUACUUGUCGCGCUUGAUGAGCACAGAAUUCAAGAAAUGAGCGUCUUACCUUGUUAUUCAGUUAGAUACCUGAAAAGCAUUAUAUCAAAAAAAAUCUCGUUAUCAAUAUUUGACUUUGAGCUGAGGUUCACCUCCAAAAAUGGAGGUAUUCCACAAAAGUUCAAUUUUGAGUUUUCGCCAAUAAGUUCCUAUGAUUUGGAAGACCACGAUACUAUUCAUGUAAUCAAAAAAGAGACUUAG